GGUGUGCGCAUACGCAGCAACUUAGCCUGGAAGUGUAAAGCAAGGAACACUUACACACCCACCUACAGUGGAUACAAUGUUGACUGAGCAACGAGGGAAAGUAUUUUAUGACUGUGUGGUAGCGUGAUUUGGUCUUUGUACUAGUACACAGCUUUUUUUGUCAUGUUGUGUAUCUUACUUGGCGUUUGUUUGAUGUUAUUAUAAAAGCCUUUGUUUUGUUUCCGUUCAGACGUGCUCUGUUUUGUUGAAUGUGAUUCCGAGUAGAGUUCUGCUAUUUCUUUAGCGAUCUAUCAUUGUAAGUUGUCACUCAAUAUUUCGUUGCAGAAUGGCUUUAUGUGGGCGCAUAUUUUGUCUUCGGAAAUGCUGCAUAUGGCAAUAAAGUUAUAGUUUUAUGCCUGUAUUUGUUUGGAACUGCUUCAACAUUCUACAUUCUUAACCGAACGAAAAAAUGCAGUUUUAAACAAGGCUUGUUGGAGUAACAGCUAAUUUAUUUGAACAAAUAAGCCUGCUACAGUCAAAACUGGCAAGAACCGAUAACUAGAGUCGAAACUUGAGAACUUGGAAAAUGUUUUCACACGUGACACAGACCAUUUUCAUGUGCUUUGUAGUCUGUUUGUAAACAGUGAUCGGUUGGGGUAGAAAUUCAACAAAAAUGGAAAGCAUUUUUAAUUUACCAUUUGUAAAAAUCUUAUUUAUUUUAUCAUUUGCUUAGUGACCGCUAGAAUAUUUAUGCCCAUUCACUUUUUCGACUCUCUUAUGGAAGUUUUUUUUGUUUGUUUGCUUUUGUUUUUGUUUUUUAGGGGUUCUUUAUUUAGAAAUUGUGAAAGUAAUUGCUGUAGGCUAUCUCAGAACUAAAUAAAGCCAGGAAUCUGCCACCAUGACAGGGGGAAGCAUAACACAGGUUUUAGUGGCGAGAUGGAAGGCAGCAAUAAUCUUCACUGUUGUGGAAAUCAGUCUUACAACAUCUUAAAAAGCUCCUGCUGCAACGGUAGGACUAUACCUGGUAAUUUAACUCGGGGAUUAAGCCAGGUUGUGACUUACUGCUGUGGUUCUGUAGCCUACAAUCCCCUAAAUGAGAUUUGCUGUAAAGACAGAAUUUUCAUUCGAACUAGUGCUCACACUAAAUGCUGUGGCAAGGACCCUUACCAAACAAAGAAUCGUAUAUGUUGUGGUGAUGUAUUGCUGAAUAAACAACAAAAGAAGAAGAAUUGUUGUGGAAAGGAACUAUUUGACAAAGAGGCCAACUGCUGCUGUCCCCUAGACCUAAAAAUAAAGCCCAAAAGUGAUCCUUGCUGUCAGACUAAAGCAGUUGAAAUACCUAAAUCCCCACAAUGCUCUCAGGCCUCUGGACUUGAAAAAACUACAACAGCACCCAACAAUAUCACAGGGAAUGGUGGAUCCUAUGAUCCUCAGACACAAAUUUGUUGCUCAGGGCAACUGUACAAAAAGUCAUCAGAAUUUACUAAGUGCUGUGGUAAACAUCUUUACAGUUUCUCAGAGGGAAACGUUCUGUGUUGUAAUGGAAUCCUGCAUCUAGAUAUGCCUGAGAAGUCAGAAUGUGUUGGGGGUGUUGUAUAUUCUCCAAAAAACACUACAUGCCAUCUGCCUGUUCGUCCCAACCUUGGCGAGCACUGUUGUGGAAAUCAAACCUUCGAUCCUCUUAUCCAUAUUUGCUGUAAUGGACACAGACACUACAAGAAAAAUGGUAAUUUCUGUUGUGGUUCCAAAGUCUAUGACCACCACAACUCGUCCUUGAGGUGCUGCUCUGAUCAUCUUUACAGCACAUCUGGUGGGGAAGUAGAGUGCUGUGGAAACCUCUUGCUGGAAAAAAAUAAGAAUCAAAUUUGCUGUUCCUCCUCAACCCUGGCCAUUAAAUAUGUCACCAAAUCGAAUCACCAUUGCUGUGGGCAUUACUACUACAACACGUCCAUCUGGAGUUGCUGUGCUGAACACCUUAAACCAACACCGGAGUGUCACACCCCUCUUGCAGACUACAGGCCUAAACCACUAAUGGAGCUGAUCCCAGACAUAUGCAAUAAAACAGUGUUCCUUGGAAAAGUGGAGAGCAUGACCCUUAACACCUCUCGGCGUCAUGUUCUGUUGCAAGUUGUUUGGCAGGUCAAUUUGAAGUUGGGAAAUGUCACCAAAGACUCUUGGCUUCACGUUUUCAUGGAUCACUGCAGCACUCCUGUCAUUGAGAACGGCAUGAUCUACCUUUGGGAGAAAAAGGGCGAUGUGUACAAGCCUCUGUCUCACCCUGUUGACCUAGCUUCUGACAUUCACAUGUUCUAUUUUUUAUGCUACCAACUUAAGGAUCACAAAAAUGGAUAGAAAUAUGGAAUGAGGUCCGUCGUGAGAUUUCUGACCCCAGUAAGUGAAUGGCCACUGUAUUUGAAAGUUGAACAUUUAUUUCAACCUUAAAUCAAAUAAACAAGUGUCAGUUAUUGUAGGCAAGAUUAUGGCAGAGGCAUCCCGCGUUGCACAUCUGUCAUUGUUGCCUACGAUGAGCUGAUCUUGUUUGGAGUGAUCCAAAAAGCUAUUUAAUCAGUAACAACAAACUCAGUAUAUCGAGUUCUCAUACAAACAUUAUAUAAGCAUUUUUCUUGUACUGUAUUUUUAUAUAUUAUCAGUCUCAGGUCUAUCAAAUUUCUGUUUUAUGUUUUAACAAUUUGACAAGUCUAAAAGACUAAGUGCUAUAGUUUAAAAGGUGCUUUUAAACUUAAUUGUUGUUUUAAAGAAUGUGCUUUUUACUAACACACACAAAGUUAUUUUCUGCAUAUUUGUUUGAUAUCUUACUUUUUUGACAGCAAUAAGCUUGGAGCUGAGUAUUUCUCGUUUUACUUCUUUUCAUUGAAUGAAAGAUGAAUAGGUUUGUUACUACUAGCCAAACAUUGGUUUUCGUUUACUAAUAGUCCAAAUGUCAACAUUUUUAAUGAGAAAUCUUCAAAUGCCUUUUUUUCUUAGUCUCAAGUCUUGGUUCACUGAUAAAUUUGCACUAAAAUGUAUUUUUGUAGGUAAGUUUACAAUUUUGGAAUGUAGAUGUGCGAAGACAAACUAUGUAUUAAUGUGCAAUUGGACCUGUUGUGAAUCUCACUGAAUUUUUUGUGAAGGUCUCCAGUAUUUACAAAUACAAACGUAGGAAUCUACACUACAUAAUUAAUAGUAAAUGAGACCAAUUGUAUGCAAAACAGAUACUUUAUUU